CGUGCUACGUGACUCGGAGCGGCGAGUCCCGGCUCCACAGGUCUUCCCUUUCCGUUGAAAUGUCUAUGAUUUUGUCUGCUUCAGUCAUUCGUGUCAGAGAUGGACUGCCGCUUUCAGCUUCUACGGACAAUGAACAAGGCACGGGCGUGCAGGAGUGCAGAAAGUAUUUUAAAAUGCUCUCAAGGAAGCUUGCUCAGUUUCCUGAUAGAUGUACCCUGAAAACUGGACAUUAUAACAUUAAUUUUAUUAGCUCUCUGGGAGUGAGCUACAUGAUGUUGUGCACUGAAAAUUACCCAAACGUUCUGGCCUUCUCAUUCCUGGAUGAGCUUCAGAAGGAGUUCAUUACUACUUAUAACAUGAUGAAGACAAACACUGCUGUCAGACCAUACUGUUUCAUUGAAUUUGAUAACUUCAUUCAGAGGACCAAGCAGCGAUAUAAUAAUCCCAGGUCUCUUUCGACAAAGAUAAAUCUGUCUGACAUGCAGACGGAAAUCAAGCUGAGACCCCCUUAUCAAAUUUCCAUGUGUGAACUGGGGUCAGCCAAUGGAGUCCCAUCUGCAUUUUCUGUUGACUGUAAAGGUGCUGGUAAGAUUUCUUCUGCUCACCAACGACUGGAACCAGCAACUCUGUCAGGGAUUGUGGCAUUUAUCCUUAGUCUUUUAUGUGGAGCUCUGAAUUUAAUUCGAGGCUUCCAUGCCAUAGAAAGUCUCCUGCAGAGUGACGGUGAGGAUUUUAAUUACAUCAUUGCAUUUUUCCUUGGAACAGCAGCCUGCCUUUACCAGUGUUAUUUACUUGUCUACUACACUGGCUGGCGGAAUGUCAAAUCUUUUUUGACUUUUGGCUUAAUCUGUCUGUGCAACAUGUAUCUCUAUGAACUUCGCAACCUCUGGCAGCUUUUCUUUCACGUGACCGUGGGAGCAUUUGUUACACUACAGAUCUGGCUAAGGCAAGCCCAGGGUAAGGCCCCUGAUUAUGAUGUCUGACACCGUCUUUCAGAUGUAUUACCUUGGCUUCCUGGAGAAAAAGGAGGGAGAGUAUCUUAACUGCCACUGUGAUGAAGAAACUGUUCACCACAAACAAGAAGCUCUGCUUUCUUUCUCUCCAACUGUACUUUUUGUUUUAAGUCAGCAUAGCAUGCCUGCGAGCAUGCAAUACCUGCUGGGCAGACUCCUCUCAGAAGAACAUUGGCCGUGAGAUGAUUAUUCAGAGGAGGAGGAGAAGACCACUCUGCAGAGCCAUAACAGUGGGAGAAUGGUCACACGCCAUGGGAACACUGGCCAGCAGUCCUGAAUCCUUGCUGAAGAGUUUAAUCAAAAUAUAUAUCAAUCUUUUGAGGACCAAGCAGGAACUCUACAACCUGGGUUUGCCUUUGUGAGGCAUUAGUAUAGACCAAAUAAAAAGAUGCCACAGUAAAUUGGAAACUUUAUGUUUCAAACAAAUGACUUGCUACAUUUAAGAGUAUUUGCACAUUUAUGGUAACAUGAGUUUAUGAAGUCCAGGAUGGUAUGGAUUUGGUUCUUUUGUAUUUUAUAUUUUUGCUUCAAUUUUAACUCUGGGAAUCACCUGAUGUAGGAGAGGCUGUGGUGCACUCAUCCCUGGAACAUCACAAGUAUUGAAAAUACAGUGAUACAUGUUCCUUUCUCGACUACGUUGGUAGUUUCUUUUGAAAUCUCUCUUUAAAAAUAUGAUUUGUUAGACUAUUGCCAUUGUUUCCAAAAUUUCAAUUGUUUGAGUACUGCAUGUACUAUUAUUUACUUAAUAUUUUUUUUAAUUUUAAAAUAA